AUGACUGGAUUCGGGCCGCUUUGGCCGGAAAGUAGUCAUAAUGUAGAACCGCUCGCGUCAGAAGUAGGGGAAGUUGUGAAAGCAGCCGCGGCAUGGGCAAAUGAGAUGCAGCACAGACUCACUGGAAUCCACUAUAAUACAAGCCAAUUCUUCUUCUGGACCAUGUUCGCCAGCAUCGCGACGCUAGGGCUUAUAAUGCUGCGAACACUCAACAGUCUUUUCUACCAGCUCCAAGAACUGAACGCCCACCAGGCGACAUACAAGGAUAUGUGGGUGGAGGAGCGUCAAGGCUGGCAUCAGCAAAUCGUGAAGGACGAGGAAGCACGGGACGGUCUGAUCUACCAGCUCCAAGAACUGAACCAUCAUCAGGCGAGAUACAGAGAGAUGUGGGUGGACGAGCGUAAACAGAUGUGGGAGCAGAUAGGCAAGGAUGAGUCCACGAGGGAGCACAUGUUCUCACAAUUCAUGGACCAUGUUGCUCCCCAGGGUAUUGAUGGCCAGGGGGGCAAAGGGAAGGCGGCCGGCGACUCACUCUACCAUUCAGCUGCAUUCAGAGAUCUAGUAAAGGGACUUGCAGGGAAGGCUAACAUGGCAACGCGGUCAGGAAUGCCCGCUUUUUCAUCGAACCUGAAUGACGAUCCCGGCUUCCCCCCAUUCGAAGAGGAAACCGAGUAA